ACUAAACUGGUUUCUAUUACAUUUGAUCAUAUAUCAUCUCUUCCCAAGUCGGAGCGCCAUGUUAAUUAAGCUAUACCACUUAACGGCCACAAGGGAGCGCUAAAGCACAUCGCAACAGAACGCCCCCCAUCUGCACUGUGAAGCAAUUUGUGUUGGAGAUGCUGGGUCUGUCUUACUUGUGCGCAGCACGUUUGUUACCAAGAAACAAAUCCAUGAAGCAUGACGGCUCAUAAUGGCUGCCAAAGGUUCGCCGUGUUUCUCCUCUCCCUGGGUGUGUUGUGCGUUGAUAGUGGUGAUGAACAGCCACGCGUACUGAAUACAGAUGACUCCCAUCCCCAGUACGCACACAGUUUAGUCGGACUGGAGCAUGUGGUGUUGGUGAUACAGAGCCAGAAGAAUGCCUACCACAGCCGGCGUGCGAACCAGAGGAAAGAGCAGAUUCUCCAGCAAGCCACCCAGUUAGGACAGGGGGCUCCCGUGGUCCUCCUGCUCCACGAGCUGUCCCAGAACGACGGGGACUGGAGCGUUCUCCCGGCACUGCCUCACCUCUCAGUGUCCUUCAGCCAAUCAGCAGCCUGGUUUCUGUUUGUGGAGGAGGAGACCAGAAUCACGCUGACGUCUCUGCUGCAGGUCCUCAACAGACACGACGCCCGAAAGGAAUGGUUCCUGGGUAAGCGUCUCCACGACAACAAGGCCACCAUCAUCCACCACUACGCCUUCUCCGAGGACCCCCCGUCCUUCGGCUACCCCGACCUGGCGGCCGGCUGGGUGCUGAGCACCCCGCUGCUCCACAGACUUGCCGAAAGGAUUCAAUAUUCCCCUCUGAAGUCUGACUUUACUAUAGACCUGAAACAUGAGAUCGCGCUGUACAUCUGGGACGAGGGGCGGGGGCCGGAGCUCCAGGACGUCCCAGAGUUCUGCUCCAGACCCGGGGCCCACUGUGCCACGGCCAUCACGGCCCCCCUCCCAGACUGCGGUGAUCCUGUGAAGAAAGAAGACGUUUUUGUUGCCGUGAAAACUUGUGAAAAGUUCCACUCCGACCGAGUGCCCGUCGUCAAGGCGACGUGGGAGAAGGAUGCAGCGUUUCUGGAGUACUACAGUGAUGUCACCGAUCCCUCCAUACCCACAACGCACCUGGGCGUGCCCAACACUGAGAGAGGACAUUGUGGAAAGACCUUUGCCAUUUUGAAGAGGUUCCUUAGUUCCGCUGUUCCGGACGCUGAUUGGCUCCUCAUCGUCGAUGACGACACCCUAAUCAGUUUGCCACGGUUACGCAGUCUGCUGCGUUGCUAUGACGCCACAGAGGCUGUGAGCCUGGGCGAGCGCUAUGGCUACGGCCUGGACAAAGGAUACAGCUACACCACCGGGGGAGCCGGGUGAGGAAAGGGGGGAGGAUGUGUGUGUGUGUGUGUGUGUGUGUGUUUGUGUGUAGCGCUAAGGUGUGUGUCGGAUUUCAUAU